UGAUCAUCUCACCACACAAAGACAGGCCACUCAACAGGGCAUCCGGAUAAGUCCCGCGGAUUGUCUAGUCUCUAGUCUUGUCUGUGCAGCUGUCUGCACAUUUGCACUGGUAGUGACAGAGCUUAAUGAGCCCUCGCUGCGCUGCUGUUUACCUCCGGAUAUAGCCUACGGUCUGUGAUGAAACGUGAGCUCCCAACCAAUCCCAUAGGGCAGACAAGUAUCAGGGAAAGACGAUCGUUGCUGAAGUGGAGAUGACUGAAAUACUUUCCACGGUCAUGUCGGGUUCCCUCCUCCAGAGCAGAGCGAAGGCAGCGAGUGGCAGAAGCAAGAAAGCGUUGCGAUUGGAAAACAAGCAUAUACACAUAGAGAUAAGCUUAAGGAACAUAGAGAAUCGACAACUGACAGAUCGGCGAAAGGUCCGUUUGGCAAAAGGCAUUCUUAGGCACCGCGACCAUGUCAGAGCUCCAUUCUGAACCAGCGGUAGCAGGUUCUCCCCAGAGGAAACCCUCCACCAACAAGAACAUCAAGAAGCUGCGCACCAUCAGCAUGGUGUGUAGUCUGACCCGCAGCUGGCAGCAGUGGGUGUCGGAGAUCGAGGACAAGCAAGCCAGCGAGCCCACCGGUUGGGCCCCUGACGUCCUGAGAGGACUCGGCGAGGAACCCAAGAAAUUGGACGGAAGCAAGACAGGCCCAUCUGAAAAGAAGGCUCGUGCGAGUCAGAACCCUACUGCAGACGCCCCAAUCCCAGAGCACCAGGAGGAUUCUGCCUCAACCAAACGGGCCAAUCCAGAGGUGUCUGCUGAGUCCCGGAUCAAGACCAAGCAGGUGUCAAAGACGGUGACGAGCAGUGCCCAGGAGAAGAGCACUGGCAUUGCUCUCCUGACGGAGCGGAUCUGCAAAGAACCCCAACCCCCGGAGGAAGACAUUGACAGUUUGCUGAGCAAGCGAAGCUCACCCACACGCCGCAGGAAGUGCUCCAACAUGGUGUCUGCCCUGACAAGCAGCUGGAAGGAGGUGGAGAAGGAGAGGAAGCAGGGGCACUCCCAUAGCGUGGACACUGAGGACAGUGGCUACUCAGAGGAGAGGAGCACGGAGGCUGAGGGAGGACUGCUGGAUGGUGCCAGGGCCUUUGGAGAGUCGGAAUGUGGGGACAGCGGCUCACCCGAGGGACACACUGAGUCAUCGGUGAAGAUCAAACGAUCCUCGGUCCCUGCGGUCAAGAAGGAGGCGGAAGAUUCCCACAAUAUCAACGCCCUUUCCAAGAAGUACAGUGCCGUGGGCAGCCUGAAGAGCCGUUGGCAGAACUGGGCUUCAGACCACUCUGAGACCCAGAAGCUCAACCCCUUCAGCGAAGAAUUUGACUACGAGUACUCCAUGUCGACCCGCCUCCGCAAGGGCGAGGAGGGCUACGGGCGUCCCAAGGAGGGCACCAAGACCGCAGAGAGGGCCAAACGGGCGGAGCAGCACAUCCACGGCGAGAUCGACGACAUGUGCUACAUCAUCAGGACUAUGGCCGACCCGGACCCGGACGGGAAGACUCGCGUCACGUUUGGGCAGCUGUUCGACAGAUACGUGCGCAUCUCGGACAAGGUGGUGGGGAUCUUGAUGAGGGCCAGGAAGCAUGGGAAGUUGGUGUUUGAGGGUGAGAUGCUGUGGCAGGGGCAGGAUGAUGCUGUUGUCAUUACUCUGCUUGUGUGAGCUGCAGUCACAUCAGGACAGCAAGGGGGGGCAGCCAUGGAUGGGUGGGGGGGUUGUCUGGCUAAAGCCCCACACUGGCUGCACCAAUCCCACAGUUGAUCCCAUGGAGCUGCCUCUCUUUCAGGGGCAUGCCUAUUGGACAGAGUCCUGGGAUGACUGAUUCACAGAUGAUCUGAAGGAGUACAACAUCUGCUGCUAUUUUGGUGAACUCAACUACUAUUCAGUUUCAUUGACUGAUUUUUUUUUUCUUUUGUGAACUGUUGCCUUGUAGUUUUUCACUGGGUCUUAAAGUGCAUUUAACUUUUCCCUGUCAGGUCAGACCCCAGUGGUAUCUGAACAUGGUUAAAGAUGGACAAUAAAUUGCUGCUUGAUUAAGUUGUAUGUAGUGGGAUUCAGAUAUGGAUUUGGUUUAACUGCAUACAGCUCUGCCAGGUUGCUAGUUCACACUAUGCUAUACUUGAAACAGAACUAUAGUACACGGCACAUUACUAUUUCACAGACUGAAUAAGAGCCCCAACACUACUGAAUAAUGUAGCAAGUCUAUUAGAAGAGAGUGCUUUUAAACAUAAAUAUUAAAGAUUUAGGUUUUUUUAUUUGAUCAUAGUACUGUAUGUGCAUGCUGGAGCUGUUUUGGAACAUAUAUCAUAAAUUUGGAAGAUACAACACAAUCAAACUAGAGGAGUUUGUUUCCUGGUACUCAAAAUAACAUUAUUA